GUCCAGUGGACAGCUCACCUUCACCGUGUCUGUGCAGUUAUUUAUAAGACCCAGCCGAGAGUAGACUGUUGCUGACUCACUUUAUUUGAAUAACAAACUACAGAGCUCAGAGAGAAGAAGGGGCCAAAAUCAAAAACAGAAACAACCAAAUCUAAAAAUAACUCCGCAGACAACAACCGGAGAGACGGACCAGAGCAGCGCUGAUCCCGGUGGAAACACCGGUCACACAAGGGUUUUCUGAUGUUGAACAACACAGUCUUGAUAAAGUGACUGGAAACCGGUUCUGCUUGUUUCAAAACGCCAUCAAUGUGAGAGUGAGAACCAGUAUUCACCGGUCAGUCACUGAGUCCGUGCACAAUGAGCCUAAACGUCCCAGGACUGGUGGUGAUGGUGCUCUUCUACCUGAUGGUGCUGGGCACCGGCAUCUGGGCCUCCAUGAAGUCCAAGCAGGUGCAUAAGAGCAGCCAGGCAGACCAGACCGAGAUUACUCUGCUGGGAAACAGAGGGAUCAGCUUGGCGGUGGGAGUCUUCACCAUGACAGCUACAUUUGUAGGAGGAGGCUUCAUCGUUGGUCUGACAGAGGCAGUGUACACUCCCACUAUGGGACUGACCUGGGCUGUCAUGCCAGUAACGGCCGCCCUGUCUUUCAUCUUUGGUGGACUUUUCUUCGCCAAGACUAUGAGAGACAGAAAAUAUGUGACAAUGAUGGACCCGUUCCAGAUCAAGUACGGGAAUUUAAUAAGCGGAGUUCUGUCUGUGGCACUGCUGAUAUCUGACAUAAUCUGGGUGACAGGAACUCUUAUUGGCUUAGGUGCAACAUUGAGUGUGAUCCUGGAUUUGUCCUAUACUCUUUGCAUUUGGAUCUCUGCCACAGUAGCCAUCAUCUACACACUGCUGGGAGGCCUCUACUCUGUAGCCUAUACAGACAUCAUACAGCUAUCUCUUAUAUUCUUCAGUAUGUGGCUGUGUGUCCCCUUCAUCCUGACGAACCCUCAUUCGGCUGACAUCACCGAGACUGCUUUCAACUUUACCUACCAGGCCCCCUGGAUUGGUUCAGUGGAUAAAGAGAGAGCAUGGGGGUGGAUUGAUAAUUUCUUGUUAUUGACUUUAGGUAACCUUGGCUAUCAGGACUUCCACCAGAGGACCUUGUCAGCCUCCUCGUCCGCCACAGCCAGGAUCACGUGCUUCAUUGCAGCUCCCAUCAUCUUCAUACUUGGAAUCCCUUCUGUGUUGAUUGGAGCAGUUGCAGCAUCAACAGACUGGAACAUGACCUCGUAUGGCUCCCCAUCCCCAUACGAGCGCGGAGAGGCCGGUCAGGUCCUGCCCAUCGCUUUGGAGCACCUCACGCCAAACUACAUCUCAGUUAUUGGUAUCGGAGCUGUAGCUGCCGCCGUGAUGUCGUCAACGGACUCAGCUCUAUUGUCAGCAGCCUCCAUUUUCUCAUCCAACAUUUAUAAGAACAUCCUGAGGACCAAGGCAUCAGAACGGGAGCUCCUGUGGGUGAUCCGCAUCACCGUAGUGUUGGUGGGCUUGGCUGGCACAUCGCUUACCUUUCUACACAACAGCAUCCUGGUUUUCUGGAUCCUGGGCUCAGGCAUCACCUACACCAUUAUGUUCCCUCAGCUUGUCUGCGUCCUCUUCUUUAACAUCUCCAAUGGCUACGGCUCCAUCGUAGGACUGCUAGUUGGCGUGUCGUUGAGAGUGCUGAGCGGCGAGCCAUCCAUAGGGUUGCCAGUCGUCCUCCACUUCCCAGGGUGCACUUUGAAGGAUGGCGUGUAUGUCCAGCGCGCACCUGUCAUGACUAUCUGCAUGCUGUCCACCAUCUUUACCACUUUGUUGUUCUCCUACCUGGCCUCACUGCUCUUCAACAAAGGACUGAUUCCUGAGCGAUGGGACAUAUUUAAAGUGAAAACUCACAAACACCCACAGAAACAAAUAUUAAUGAGCAAUGGCACCACCAAAUCAGAUAAAGAGGAGGAGAACUCUGAAGCUGAGAAUGAAAGUGAAAUAAAACUGACAACAAGCAGGACUGAACAAGUAAUCAUAUAAUGGGAUGCAAAAAUAAGUUUUUGUAUGGUGUUAUAAUGUCAUGUCUAUUUUUAUACCAAAAACCUAAUCAUAAAAAAUAAUAAUCUUGGUUGCAGGAUAAUGCAAAAAUUCAUCAUUGGACACAAGUGCUUGUGUAAGUGAACUUACACAAAAUAAUUGCUCUAAUAAUUGCUUUGGUGUAAUUUUGUUGUUUUAAUGUUAGUGGGGUUUGAUGUUUGUCAAACAGUCUAUAAAUAUACAGUCAUAUACAGGAUGAAUGGUUGAAAGGAAUUGCAUCCUGACAUCUAUGCUGUGGGCCCAUGUUCAGCAGUAUGGAAGUACUGGUACUUCAGGUAUUUGCUCAUUUGCCUAUAUGUGUUGUAUUACUUUUAGGACCCAUCCAACAACAGUAAUCACAUCUCAAACACUCAGUCUGUGUUUGAAAACAAGUGCAAUUAAGUUAAUUAUAUCAUGUUUUGAGAUUUAGGUCAAUUUGAAUUGGUGGUGUAUAUAGUAUAUUCAGCCUUAUGUUCCUUUGGUUGAAAGAUAUCCAACUUUGCAUGUCUGAUUAUUCAAAUUAUCUUUUGAUACCUUUUUGAUUUAUUUUUUUUACUAAAGAUGGCAAGUAUAUAAAUUGUGAAUUUAUUAAAUCUAAUUUUGGGUU